AUGAUCGCCGCUGCCUUCCUGGUGCUGCUCAGACCCUACAGCAUCCAAUGUGCCCUGCUGUUACUGCUCCUCAUGCUGGGCACCAUCGCCACCAUCUCCUUCCUCUUCUGCUGGCACCGCAAGCUCCAGAAGGGCAGGCACCCCAUGAAGACGGUGUUCAGCUACCGGCCCCGGAGCAGAGAUGCCCUCCUGAGAUCCCAUCAUUUCCGCUCAGAGGGAUUCAGGCCAAGCCCUCGUCACUUGCGGAGGUACGCCCGAACCCGUGUCGAAGAGACAAAGCCCUUGGAUGAAGUCCACCAGAGUGACCAUGAUACAUCUUCACCUCUAAGAAAGCGAAAGAUCAAGAGAAGCAGCCGGGUUCAGCCAGAAUUUUAUCAAUCCGUGCAAGUAACCCCCACUCGAAAACCGAGCUCGGGCACCGCGUCCUAUCGCUGCUCCAUGUCCUCCUCCGCUGACUUCUCGGAUGAUGAGGAUUACAGUCAGAAAUCAGGAUCUGCUUCCCCUGCCCCGGGAGAUACCCUGCCCUGGAACCUGCCCCGGCAUGAGAGGAGCAAAAGGAAGACGUCGGGGGCAGCGGUGCUGGACCCGGCAGAGAGGGCAGUGCUCAGGAUAGCUGAUGAAAGAGACAAAGUACAAAAGAAGACAUUCACCAAAUGGAUUAACCAGCACCUUAUGAAGGUACGGAAGCAUGUAGGAGAUCUGUAUGAAGACCUGCGAGAUGGACAUAACCUGAUCUCGUUAGUAGAAGUACUCUCUGGAGAUACCCUGCCAAGGGAACGAGAUUUUUUGAAGACAUUACGGUUGCCCAGAGAAAAAGGCCGAAUGCGCUUUCACAGACUACAGAAUGUACAAAUUGCACUUGAUUAUUUGAAAAAACGCCAGGUGAAGCUGGUGAAUAUAAGAAAUGAUGACAUAACAGAUGGAAAUCCCAAAUUGACUUUGGGCUUAAUAUGGACCAUUAUUCUGCACUUUCAGAUUUCUGACAUCCAUGUUACUGGAGAGUCAGAGGAUAUGUCAGCCAAAGAGAAGCUUCUUCUUUGGACGCAUCAAGCAACUGAAGGCUACAGUGGAAUUCGAUGUGAAAACUUUACCACAUGCUGGCGAGACGGACGACUCUUUAACGCCAUCAUUCAUAGAUACAGGCCGGACCUGAUUGACAUGGAUACCGUUGCUGUUCAAAGCAACAUUACAAACUUAGAAAAUGCUUUUUAUGUAGCUGAAAAACUGGGUGUCACCAGACUGCUGGAUCCAGAAGACGUAGAUGUUUCUUCUCCAGAUGAAAAGUCGGUGAUUACAUAUGUUUCUUCAAUGUAUGAUGCUUUUCCCAAGACACCAGAUGGAGGGGAAGGAAUUAGUGCAAAUGAUGUUGAAGUAAAAUGGAUAGAAUAUCAGAAUAUGGUGAAUUACCUCAUCCAAUGGAUUAGGCACCAUGUAGCGUUAAUGUCUGACAGAAAUUUUCCAAACACUGUUGCAGAACUAAAGGCACUUUAUAACCAAUACUUGCAGUUUAAAGAGAAAGACAUCCCACCAAAGGAAGCAGAAAAAGAAAAGAUCAAGCACCUGUACUCACUGCUAGAAGCUUGGAUUGAAUUUGGACGCAUCAAGCUUUGUCAGGGAUAUCAUCCAAAUGACAUCGAAAAAGAAUGGGGAAAGCUAAUCAUCGCUAUGUUUGAACGGGAGAAAGCAAUUAGACCGGAAAUUGAAAGGCAAGAGAUGCUGCAACAGAUUGCAAACCGAGUGCAGAGAGAUAGUCUUGGAUGUGAAGAUAAGCUGAUAUUAGCUCGGAGCGCUCUUCAAGCUGACACUAAACGGAUGGAAUCUGGAAUCCAGUUUCAAAAUGAAGCUGAGAUUGCUGGUUACCUGAUUGAAUGUGAAAAUCUACUGCGACAGCAGCUUGUGGACGUCCAGGCGCUUGUAGAUGGAAAGUAUUAUCAAGCAGACCAGUUAGUGCAAAGGGUGGCUUCUUUGCGGGAUGAACUACUGUCAUUAAGAAAUGAAUACUCCUCGUUAUACAGCAAGGGACGGAUGAUUGCGUCUGAUCAGACACAACUUAUGUUAUCAGGAAUAUCACAAAGCCUAAACUCAGGAUUUUCACAAAGCUUGAACCCUGUAAGAAACUCUUCAAUGUCCCACAAUAUGACACCAAUGUCACCCACCAGCCUGACUCCAAGUAUAUCUGGCAGCAUGUCUCCUGGUCUCCUACCAAGUGUUGUUCCUGGUCUGCCAUCCAGCCUUGCCACCAAUAUGUCUCAUGGCUUUAAUUCACAUUUGACUCCCGUGACACCAACACUUGCACCAAGCUUUAACCCAGGUUUAAUCCCGAACUAUGCAACUGGGAUGAACUCAAAUGCAUUACAGUCACUCAAGCUCAUGCAAGUCAAGAAACCCUUGAUGAAAUCAUCUCUUGCUGAUCAAAAUUUGCCCGAAGAAGAAGUGAAUGUUAAAUUCGUUCAAGACCUCUCAAACUGGGCGGAAGAAAUGCAGAUACAACUGGACCGCGGAGAGUGGGGUUCAGACUUGUCCAGCAUUGAGAUGCAUUUAGAGAAUCACAGGAACUUCCAUGGGGUUGUUGAAGAAUUUGAUACCAGUCUUAAAGAGGCCAAAAUGAACGAGCUCCACAUGUCAGGUCCUUUGAAAAGUUCUUAUACUGAUAUCCUCAACAAAGUUGAGGGCGCCUAUUCAAAGUUACUGCAAACAUCAAGAAACCGUCAAAAGAACCUGGACUCCCUUCACAGUUUUGUCGCAAGAGCCACAAGGGAGCUGAUAUGGCUGAAUGAAAAAGAAGAGGAAGAAGUAGCCUAUGACUGGAGUGAUAGAAACCAAAACAUACCAGCUAAGAAGGACUAUCAUGCUGAUUUAAUGAGGGAACUUGAUCACAAGGAAGAAGUUAUUAAAUCUGUGCAAGAUACGGCAGAACAGUUGUUGCUCCAGAAUCAUCCUGCAAGAUCCAGUAUUGAGGCCUACAAAGCAGCUAUGCAGACACAGUGGAACUGGAUUCUGCAGCUGUGCAGUUGUGUAGAGCAACACAUACGACAAAACACUGCCUACUAUGAGUAUUUCAGUGAAGCCAAAGAUGCCACAGAAUACCUGAAGAGCUUAAAAGAUUCCAUACUGAGGAAGUAUAGCUGUGAUAGAUCAACCAGUGUGCAUAAACUGGAAGACUUGGUGCAAGAGUCAAUGGAAGAAAAGGAGCAGCUUUUGCAGUACAAAAGCACAAUUGCCAGCCUUGUUGGAAAAGCAAAGACAGUAGUUCAAUUAAAGCCAAGGAACCCUGACAAUCCACUGAAAGCAUCUAUUCCGAUUCGAGCUAUAUGUGACUACAGACAAAUUGAGAUAACUAUUUACAAAGACGAUGAAUGUGUACUAGCAAGCAAUUCCCACCGUGCAAAGUGGAAGGUGAUCAGUCCGACUGGCAAUGAAGCCAUGGUCCCAUCUGUGUGCUUUACAGUGCCACCACCAAACAAAGAAGCUGUUGACUCCGCGAACAGGAUUGAGCAAAUGUAUCAAAGUGUAUUAUCUCUUUGGCACGAAUCCCAUGUCAACAUGAAGAGCAUAGUGUCUUGGCAUUUCCUAAUGAAUGAAAUUGAAGCCAUCCGAGCUACCAAGGUUUCUUCAAUUAAAACUUUGCUUCCUGGAGAACAUCAGCAGGUUCUGGGCAAUCUGAAAACUCGGUUUGAUGAAUUCUUGGAAGACAGCCAGGAGUCAAAGAUGUUUUCUGUGUCUGAUAUAGGACAGCUAGAGAGAGAGGUCAAUGUCUGCAAACUAUACUAUGAGGAGCUUCUAAAAUCUGCAGAGAGAGAGGAACAAGAAGAAUCUGUUUACAAUCUGUAUACCUCUGAGAUCAGAAACUUCCGUCUUCGGCUGGAAAGCUGUGAGGGACGGCUUAUUCGGCAAAUCAGAACACUGCUAGACAGGGAUGAUCUGCAUGAAAGUGCACUGAGAAUCUCUGAACAAGAGAAAUUAAAGAAGGACUUGGACCACCUGAAAGUAGAUUUAUCAGCAAUUUCAGAUAAAUGUGAGGAGUUCUUCAGCCAAGCUGCUGCCUCUCCAUCAAUUGAGGCUCUACGAACUGAACUCAAUGUUGUUGUCCAGGCUAUGAGUCAAGUCUACUCCAUGUCAUCCAUUUACCUAGAAAAAUUAAAGACUAUAAAUCUAGUGCUCAAGAAUACUCAAGGAGCGGAGAGCCUAGUGAAAGCAUAUGAGACCAAACUAUGUGAAGAAGAUGUCAUUACAGCUGAUAGAAACACAAUUGAUAGACUGAUUGCCACCUUGAAGCAAUGGAGAACGGAGGUGGAUGAAAAAAGAGAAGUGUUUCAUGAACUAGAAGAUGAAUUGCAGAAAGCCAAAAGCAUCAGUGAUCAAAUGUUCAAAGUGCACAAGGAGCGGGAUCUGGACUUUGAUUGGCACAAAGAAAAGGCGGACCAGAUUGCUGAGCGGUGGCAGAAUGUACAUUCUCAGAUUGAAAACAGGUUAAGAGACCUGGAAGGAAUAAGCAAGUCUCUAAAAUAUUACAAAGAAUCUUACUUGGCACUUGAUUCCUGGAUUAGGCAAAUAGAGGAUGGACAAAGUAAGUUGCAGGAUGGCAUCUCCAAUAGUAAGGCCCUUUCCAAACUUUUGGACCAACAGAAGAAUUUGAUUUCUGAAAUUGAGAUGAAACAAAGCAAAAUUGACGAAUGCCAGAAGUAUUCUGAACAGUAUUCUCUGGCUAUUAAGGACUAUGAAUUACAGCUGAUGACUUACAGAGCACUCGUGGACUCGCAUCAGAAAUCUCCAAUGAAACGUAGACGCUUCCAGAGCUCAUCUGAUGUCGUUGUACAAGAGUAUAUGGAUCUAAGGACCCGUUACUCUGCCUUGCUGACUUUAGUUACCCAGUUUAUAAAAUUUUCUGGAGAAACUUUGAAAAGAUUGGAAGAAGAGGAGAAAUCAUUGGAAGAGGAAAAACGAGAGCAUGUAAAGAAGGCAGGUGACAUACUGAAUUGGGUGUCUAAAGUCACUAAAACUCUAAGUAAAGAAGGAGGAGACAGAGAGAGAGCAGGAAUGACACCCACUUCUAAGCACCAGAUUUCCAGUGAAGAGAUUCUGUCAAAGCAGGAAGAGAUUUCGGAUGCUGUGCAGACGUUACAAUUGCUUUUAGCUAAGCACGGUGACAGAAUGUCUGAAGAAGAAAGAGCAGAAACAGAAAAUCAGAUCAAAGCACUCCAAGAAAGCCACAGUCUGUUAUCAAGAGAGUAUGAAAGACAGCAACAAGAAGCCAAGGAGCUGGUAGCUAAACUGGUGGAAAAGAAGGUGGACAGAGUUGUGUCAGGGACUAUUAAUGAGGCAAAUGGGAGAAUUCUUUCCAUUUACCAGUCUAUUGUUGAAGGACUUGUUGAUUAUGAAACAGGAAUUCUUCUACUUGAAGUACAACUUAUAGUGUCUGGACUGGUUUGCCCACAGUUAAAGAGCUGCUUUGAAAUUGAAGAUUCUAAGAGUCAUAAUCUUAUAGAUGAUCAAAUUCAAGUGCGACUCCAUGAAAUAUCUCAUGCUAAAAGUGUGAUUUUAUCUCUCCCUCCAAGUGAUUUACCUAUAAUCACAGCUUACAAUGAAGGAUUAAUUUCAGAGACUGUAACAGUCAAAAUGAUCAACACUUUGCUUUCUUGUGGCUGUCUUCAACUUGCCACUACAGGAGAGCAACUCACUGUAAACAAGCUUUUCCAAAGGAAUAUUAUUUCUACGUCAAUGUUUACAAAGCUUAUUGAGAGAGAGAAAAUGGCCAAAGAUUUCAUUGAUCCCAUUACUGCAGAAAAGGUGACAUUAGCAGACCUGUUCCAGAGGACUGUGACAGAUGAGAAAACAGGAAUGAGAUUUCUUCCCGUUAACUCUGAAGAUAAAGGUAAAAUCACAUUAAAAUCUGGAAGGAAAAUUAGUGUAUUACGUGCAGCACAUGAAGGAAUUCUGGAACGAGAAAUUAUGUACAGGCUACUUGGUGCUCAGCUUUUCUCAGGUGGUAUUAUUGACCUAGACAGUGGAAAUCAACUGACUUUGGAACAAGCUCAAGAACAAAGUAUUAUCGAUCAUGGAACAGUUUGUGGAAUUUUAACCCAACAAGUUCAAAAUGGUGGAAUCCUUUGCCCAUCUACAAGAAAAUGUGUAACAGUAGAUGAAGCUGUUCAGUGUAAUUUAAUAUCAUAUAGUAGCGCAUUAAUGGUCCUAGAGGCACAAAGAGGUUUUAUUGGACUAAUAUGGCCUGAUACUAGUGAAAUAUUCCCCAUAUCAACAUCUUUACAACAAGGAUUAAUUUCUACUGAGUUAGCGCAAAAGAUCCUAAGCAACAGACACAAAAUUGCUGCGUUAUAUAUUCCUGAAACAUCUAAGAUUGUCCAAUUAGAUAUAGCUGCUCAGUCUGGUAUAAUAGAAAAAAACACUGCAUCCAUCCUCAGCAGCUUGGAAUUACAGGACAAAAUGCCAAACAUAGAUGUUCUGGAACCAACCUGCAAGCAUGGUCUAAAGUGGAUAUCUUCUUAUGAAUCCCACACAGCUCAAGUAAAUGAAAGUUCUGAAAACAAAUCAGAGGAUGAACUGACACAUAAUCCAGAGCAUACCAAGCAAUUAUUUAUUUCUUAUCUAAUGGUAAAUAGUUAUAUUGAUGCAAAUACAGGAGAAAGACUAUUACUGUUCGAUGGUGAUCUUGAUGAAGCUGCCAGUAUGUUACUUGAGUCUGAACAUAUUGUACGUAUAUCAUGUGGAAAUGCAGGAGGUGCUACUGAUAUUGUUGGAGAAAAUUUGCAGGAUAAUGAAACUGACCUGAGCCAUGAUGUACACAGGAAUAUAACUCAGUCUGGGAAUGCAUCACAUUUGAACUCAAGCUUUGGAACAGAGAGCCUAAAAAAUAUUACAGAAUGUCUUGAUUUUAUGGACAAAGUCAACAGCAAAGACCCUGAGGAGGUGAUUUGUCAACCAUUCAAAAAUGUAGAAGACAAUGAAUUAUCCAACGAGCAUAAACUGCAGCACAAGCACACAACUGAAACACAUGAAAAAAUAGAAUCUUUUCUUUUAAAAGAUGUCAUCAUAGCUGAUGUUCAUCUCGGCAAACCGAGUAACACAAUUAUUGCUGUAGAUGACAAGUACAACAGUUUAAAUCAGGAAAAUAAUACUCUUAACAAUUCUAGCGAAGACUGCCAUCAGACUGGAGAAGUUUAUAAUUGUCCAAAAGACACUGUAACUACUUCAAACAUCAGUCUUAGUGAAAGUCAUACAGAAGACCCUGUUGUAUCUUUUGGAGAUCCAUUUAGUGAUCAAAAAAUGCCAGCUAAAGAGCUUUGUGAUAAACACCCUAACAUGAGUGAUUGUGCUGCUCCUCCAUCUGAAACCAACUGUGAUACACAGCCUAAUGUGGGCCAAAAUAUUUCUAAUGAGCUUUAUGGAUAUUUUGAAAGCAGCAGUGACUCGGAUAUGUCUGAUGCAAAUUUUGAAAGUGAGGAUGAAGUUGGCUAUACUGAUGAAAAUAAGAAGACUUGGAAAACUAUAGGAAAUUGCAUCAUAGAAGACAGAACUCCUACCCAAAGUGAUACAAGCUCAGAUGAAGAUAUUUACUAUUACACUGAUAGUGAUGUCGAUAACACUGAUAUGUUACAAGGACGGCAAUUUUUGGAAACCAUAAUAGAAGAAGAUUCUGAAAGUAACUCCUGUUUGGAUGACCAAGCUUCAGUUCAUAGGGAAAAAUCUUCUUUCCCAAGUAAUUCAGUAGAGGAAAAAUAUGAGAGUAGUAAAUAUGAAGCGGCUGAAAAGGAUGUGGCUGCUAACUUGAAGACUAAAGAUAAAGUGACCAUAGAGGAAGAGCCAGAUGUGGAAUACUGUGAGAGUAGUUUUAGUGAAACAGACAUUGACUGUUUGGUUACUGAUGACACCAACAGUGAAACAGGUUAUCAAGCCACUGAAGAAUAUUCAGAUGAAUACUUUGAAGACAAUGAAAUUGAUAGCAAAGCUGUUUUGUUUGAUUUUGGCCAUAGUGGCAAUGAAAGAGGUUUCCACAUUGAAAAUGUCUUGUAUCCACAUCAUGUCAAUUCUGGAACUACUUCCAACACUGACAUUCUUAGUCAAUCUGAUGAGCCUUUACACAGUCAAGGAGAAAGUGAGAAUAUCAAUUUUGGCAAUUUUAAGACAUCCCUGAGCGAAUCAGGUUUAUUUGAUGGAGAGCUUCUUGAAACUGGGGAUAAGAAUUUUAUUGACAAGGAUAAUACUGAAACACCAGAUUUAAUUAACCUUAAAAAUAAGAGCACAGAAGAAGGACUUGAUGCUGAAGAUGUUCCUGUUUGUCCUAAACUGUAUAAUAGCCUUGAUUGUACAGAUGAUGAUGAUAGUGCUCCUUUUGAGCAGUGUACUGAUCAUAGUCAAUCUCCAAAAGAUAAUCGAAAUCUAAAUCCUGAAAGCUUUCAAGCUGAGAAAGAGAAUGCAAGUUAUGAAUGCAGUAACACAAACCUAAAAGCUGAAGAUAAUGAGCCUUUUCGUCAAAGCAAUGAUCAAUGUGCUAAUCAGGUUAUGGAACACUUUACAACUGAAAGAUCUACUGUACAAUUCAAGAAUGAUUCUGAGUCCAAGACCGACUUAGACCUCAACUCAGAGAAAAUGAUUGAAAAGUAUGCCUCCAGUAAAGGCAAAGCUGUUUUUGACACCACUGUUACCCAAACUGAAAAUCAUUGCUGUACAGAAGACAUAGAGUCACCCAGCAAGACAGCACAGAAGGUUACUUCAGAUUUACCAGAUAACAGUACAUGCUGUAGAGAGAAAAGUCUCUCUUCACUGGAAACUAAUGACACUGAAACUUGCAUAAUUAAAAUACAAGAGGGAAAUAGUCAUAGAGAAAGUAUUGACAAACUUACAUCAAAAAGUCCAAUUCAUAUUGAUAAUCUGUGUGCCAUUUUUGAAUCAUCUACCAGUAAAAGCACUAGCGAUGAUUUAGUAGUGACUACUGCCAGUGCUGUGCCUGAAAUGGUACAAAAUUCUAAUGCACUUGGUAUGGUAACAAGUAACAAAGGAGAAAUGGAUAAUUUAACAACUUACCUCAAAGGUUGUGCACAAAUUAUGGAUACACCUGAUCACUUUGGUUAUUCCAAACAAAGUAUUUUGAGAGAUGCCAGGAGCUCAUGUAAAACAGAGGAGAACUUAGAUGGUUAUAGGAAAAUUUUACCACAAUUGUCUUGUGAUGAGCGCAAUCAAAGUAAAAACAAUUCUGCUAAAGAUUAUAUUCACACAUUGGAUCCAGUAAAUACAGAAGCCAGAAGCAAUAAUGUAUCCAAGGAUAUAUUGGUUAAAGAAGGUGGAGACUAUUUCGCACAAAAGUUUGGAAAAAAUAAUGAGCAUUUAAAACUCCUACCAGACUUAGACCUUGUUAGUGUGAAGAUUAAAUCAGAAGAAAAUAGAAUAAUGAUUCAUGGAGAUAACUAUCAACAAGGCAAACUUAUUGACAAUGACACAGUGUCAUGUAAUGUGGAAAUGCUCCAAAAUCAUAAAACUUUGAGUACCUCAUCCUUUUUAAGUGAACACAAAAUGCUAGAGCCAAAACAUCCAAAAUUAAUCCCUUCCCAGCUUGAUCAAAUCUUUCAUGUUCCUCCAGACUCUGAAAAAUCAAACAAAUUUGAAGAACUUAUAAUUAACAUGAAUAAAGGUCUCUUUCCCAGUGAACUGGGCUUACCUUCUUCCAUCCCUGAACAGAUGAACAAGCAAAUUCCUGAACAAAAGAAAUCAAAUUCCCCAGAAUACCACUCUGACGAUCCAGAAACCGUGAGAAAAUUCUGCAUUACAGAGCAACGAUGUAAUGAUGUGAAAUUACUGGAUGAAAACCCUACCUCACAAAAUAUUUCAGUCUCAACUGCAUUUAAAGUGGAGCAAAACGCAGGAGACAAAGCGGUUGAUAAGGUAACUUUGACUUUGAAUCAGUGUUGUCAGACAUUAAAUGGUCAUCUGACUGUUGUUCAAAAUCAGAAACUUCACUUGGAUAAUCUACCAGUCCUUGGUGAUAACUUGGAAACAUUAAAAAUUCAGCUUGAGCACUUAGAGUCGUUUCAGUCAAGGUUGACUGCGUUUUCUGUUACACUGAAAAAAGAUGUACAGUUCGCAGAGCAAUUCUUAACCUCUGUUCCUGGUGACCUUCCAGGAGAGCAUCUCAAGGAAUUAAGUGAGAACUUAAAGAAAACCUUUGCUACAGUUUGUGAAGUGUCUUCAGAUCGUGCUAAACAGAUUGCAUUUGCUGUGGAUGCUGAAAUGGGAAAGUUAGCAGAAACCCAUCGAGAUUUACUUAGCCGACUACAAGUCUUGGCGGAUUGGAUAACCUCCAGUAAUGAGACAUUGGACUUUUCAGUCAGCAGUGAUGAUGUGGAUGUUGUAAAACAAACCAUGCAGUCUUUGAAUAAUCUCAGCAAUGAUGUUUCAGAAAAAAGGGUAGACCUAGAGGCCACAGCAUUUGAUGUUCAGUUCUUUAUAUCAGAACAUGCCCAGGAUCUUUCACCGAAUCAAAGCAAGCAGCUGUUACGAUCACUGAAUUCAACACAGAAGAGUUUUCAAGAUGCUCAGAAAAGGAUUGUUUCACAUAUGGAGUCUUUAAAGAGUCUCCUGCUGGCAGCACAAGAUUUGAAUAAGCAGAAGGAUGCUGAAGAACAACUACAAGAGCACAAAGAUAAGUUGCAAGAAAUAUGUGACCUGCUCACUCAGACAGAGAACAGGCUUAUUGGCCAGCAAGACAUGCUGACUGCUCGUGACAACCCGGCUGAUCUACAGCACUGUCAGGCUGAAUAUGAGGAGUUACAGAAAGAUAUGCAGGCUGGUGCCAGUGAACUUGCAGAGAUUGUGAAAAACACAGAAAAAUUCCUUCAAGAACAUGGAGAUAAACUUUCCCCAGAAGAAAAAGUCAUCAUCGAGCAGAAACUAAAAGAGGCAAAAGCUAAGUUUGAGCUGCUCCGUAAGAAGGCAGAGCAGUCCAAAAAGGAACUUGAAAAGGCGGUCACAACAGCCAUCAAGAAAGAAACAGAGAAGUCUGCUGCUGUAGAACAACUGGAAGAAAGCAAAAGCAAAAUAGAAAGCCUGCUAGACUGGCUUUCACAUGUGGAUGAAGAAGCAGAGAAUGGAAACCAAGAUAAAAAAUCUCAUAUUAAGGAAAAUGGAACCCAUCGUAAAGACAAUGAAAUACAGUCUAUACUGGAUGGUGUGCAAGAGGUUAACGGUAACCUGAUUGUGUGCGAUGGAAAGUCAAACUUUAUGAAUGUCCAGCAGUCAAAAGAAGAGGAUCUAAAUAGCCAAUAUGAAAAAGUGAAGGCUCAGCAUGAGAAAAUUGUGGCUCAACAUCAGGCAGUUAUAAUAACCACCCAAUCAGCACAAGCUCUACUCGAGAAACAAGGCCGCCAUCUUACACCUGAAGAGAAAGAAAAACUCCAGAAAAACAUAGAAGCAUUGAAAGCCCAGUUUGAAUCAGCUUUGAGUGACUCUGAGAGGAAAAUGAAGGCGAUCCAGACAGUUCAAGAAGAGCUAGAAAAGUUCACAGCCGACUACAGUGAGUUUGAGAACUGGCUUCAAGACUCAAAACAUGAACUAGAAAACUUGGAAAGUGGAGCUGAGGACUUUGCGAGUCUCGUGACCAAGCUUCAGAGACAAAAAAGCUUCUCAGAGGAUGUGAUUUCUCACAAAGGAGACUUGCGUUAUAUCACUAUAUCUGGGCAGAGGGUGAUAGAUGCUGCAAAGUCCUGCAGUAAAGAUGAUGUGGAGGAAGACAACAAUAAUAUUAGCACCAUGGAAACCUGUAAGAUGGUGCAAAGCAAAUUAGACAUAGCUUCAGAAGACUUCAAGUCCUUACAUGCCAAGUGUAAUUUGCUGGGAAACAACCUGAAGGAUUUAGUAGACAAAUAUGAGCACUAUAAAGAAGCAUCUUGUGGACUGUUAAGCGGUCUCCAGAAGUCUGAAUCUGCUGUGCAGAAACGAUUGUCUGAGCCCAUUGCUGCCGACACCAGGAACCUGCAGAGACAGAUAGAAGACACAAAGUUGCUCUGCGAACAGGUGUCCGUUCACCAGGUUGGCGUGGAAAAACUUAAGAAGGCUGCAGAAGGAAUUCUCAAUACGAAAGUGGGACUAUUGCUAAACAAAGAUGAAAUCCAGAAGCCGCUUGAUGACAUAGUGGGACGAUGCGAUGAUUUAUCUCAGUCUGUGAGUGACUGGAAUGAAAAGCUGCAGAUAACUCUGACUCGAUCACUAAGUGUUCAGGAUGGACUGGAUGAAAUGUUUGACUGGAUGCAAAGUGUUGAAAGGGACUUAAAAGAGCAUCAACAAGUGCCAUUAAAUUCGUCCUCAAUUCAGGAAAUGAUCUCAAAAAAUAAUAUGCUUGAGCAAGAUAUUGUAAGUCGCCAGAGCAGCAUCAGUGCGAUGAAUGAAAAAGUGAAGAAAUUCAUGGAGACUGCAGAUCCAUCCUCUGCUUCAUCUCUGCAAGGAAAGAUGAAUGACCUGUCUGAGCGCUUCUCUAAAGCCACUGAACAAACAAGGGCACGAACUGAGAAGAUGGAAGAUUUGAAGACUAAAGUUGAACAGUUUGAGGAUCUCUCUGGCAAAGUACAGUCGUUCUUAGACAAAAAACUAAAAGCACUGAACGAGGUAGAUGGGCCUGGAAAAGAUGUGACUGAGCUAUCUCAGUUUAUGCAGGAAACUAGCAAGGAGAUAUUGGAGCAGAAAAAGAGCGUAGAAGAUUUACACAAACUUGUUGAUGAGUUAUGUGUGUAUGCGCUUCCUGGAGACAAAUCUCUGGUUUUAGAAAAAGUAAACUCUAUUUUAAAACAGUUUCAGGAUCUUGAAGAGACUGUUAAAGCAAAGGAAGAAGAUGUGUCAUCCUGCCAAGCACAGAUGGAUUCUUUUCAGUCUUUAGUCCAAUCUUUAAAACACUGGUUCACCUUAGUAAAUGACAGAAUCCCUGCACAAAGGCUCACACCGUGUGUGGACGAUCUCUCUAAACAGUUAACAGAUAUGAAGAAUUUACAGGAAGAGUGGACACUAAAAGGAAAAGAUGUUCAGAAAGUGAACAGCAAGGGGACAGCAUUAUGUAACCUGAUAAAUGCUGUGACGUCACCUGCAAAGAAUAGAGCAUCAAUGAAAUCAGGUAGGAGCAUAGUCAAUGGUUCUGUGUCAUCAGAUGUGAAGGAGAGGUUAACCAACAAAGAGCUAGCAGUUGUGCAGAAGGGGAUGCUGGAUGUUAAUGAAGGUUACGAACAUCUGGGCAAUAUAUUAAAAGAUAAAGUAUGUGAUGCGGAAGGUCGCCUGUCUCAGCUUCAGCAAGUGCAUGAUGAAACUAGCUCCUUGAUGCAGUGGCUUGAGAAAAUGCACUCGACCGCUAUAGCCUGGGAAGCACCGACAGACAGCGAAUCGGUACGAAGCCAAGUACAACAGCAUAAGAUCUUUGCGGCAGAAGUGAAAAAGAAUGAAAGAAAAGUGGAUGCACUGGAAGACAAGCUGAAAAAUGUUAUAGAAAAUUAUGGAGAUGCAUCUGAAUCUCAGAAGUGGAAGGACAUGUUGGACAAAAUAGACACGUCUUGGAAAGACAUAACCAAGAUGACUGCUGAAAGGCAGCGAACAUUGGAAGAGUCUUCGAAUGACCUGACCCUUUUCCAGAAUGCGGAGGCUCAAUUAAAACAAUGGCUCGUAGAGAAAGAACUUAUGGCCAGUGUGCUUGGACCUCUGUCAAUAGACCCUAAUAUGUUGAAAACACAAAAGCAGCAAGUCCAGAUUCUUUUAAAAGAGUUUGAUGCCCGAAAACAACAGUAUGAGCAACUUAACUGUACCGGACAGAGGAUCCUCAGCCGACCAGGGGACCUUCCUCCUUGUGAUGAAGCUGUAAAGAAGCAGUUAGCCGAUGUGGCGUGUAAAUGGGAAGGUCUAACUGGACAAUUACAUGACAGAUGUAACCAAAUUGACCAAGCCAUUGUAAAAAGUACUGAUUACCAAAACCAUCUGAAUGGUCUUUCUGAGAAACUAAGUGCCUUAAAUAACAAACUGAGCAGCAAUAUGACACUGAGCUCAGAUCCAAGUGCUGUAAAACUGAAGCUGGAGACUGCAAAGCAGGUCCAGGAGGAAAUAAAGCAGGAGAUGCCAACCAUUGAAAGUGCCAGAGUGUUAUGUGAUGAAUUGUCACAUUUGGUAGCUGAGGAAUACUUGAAAGUGGAGUUGAAUAGGCAGAUGGACAACAUUGUAAAGCCCUUCAUGGAUUUGAAAGAGAAAACAGCUGCCCAUGUAGAACAAUUACAAUCUGCAUUUGUCAGCUCUCAAAAAUUUCACCAAUUGUCUGAGGAUUUCCAGACCUGGAUAGAAAAUACGAAAAAAGAACAAAAGGAGGCAGCACCCAUUUCAGCCAAACCUGAUAUUCUGAAGUCAGCAAUUACAGAAACAAAACAAAUGCAGAAUACUGUGAAUAGCCAGCAAGAUGCCUUUGAGAAGGUCAUGGAAGAAGGUGAAAAACUCUUACAGAAAACAGAAGGAGAAGGCAAGGUCAAACUUCAGAGUCAGCUCUCCAUGCUUAAAUGUGAAUGGGAAGACAUUAAUAGGCAGAUAUCUAACAGGGUAAGCCAUUUAAUAGAUUGUCAGCAGAAGGCUAUAAAGUAUAGAGACCUAGUAGAUAAUAUCCUGCCUUGGGUUGAGGAGCAUCAAAAUAAAGUAUGUGAACUCAGACCUUCAGUAGAUGAUGAAGCGAUAGAGAAAUCAAUUGCAGAAGUGAAAGUUCUACAAAAAAGUGUUGACAAGCAGCGUGGGAUGUUGGAGAUGCUAAAGAGUGCUGCAGAUAGUUUAUUAGCAUCUUGUCAGGUGGAUAAAGAAAUAGUCACGGAUGAGAGCAAUAUGCUAAACAACAAGAUGGAAUCUCUAAUUGACAACCUGCAGAAUAAAAGAGACACUUUGGAGAAUAUGGCAUUACGACUUAAAGAUUUUCAGGAGUCCAUGAAAGAGGCUGAGAAUCAACUGGUUGCAGCACAAGACCAUUUGGAAAUACAUGAUUCACUUGGAGCUAAAGCAUGUAGCAACAAGCACCUGACCAUAAUGCAGACCCAACAAAAAGCCCUUCAGGGCUUAAAACCACAAGUAGAACGUUGCAAAAGAAUGGCACAAGAAUUGGUAGUAGAGGCCUUAGAUGCACAAGGUGUUUCUGAUCUUCUUCUUCAAGCAGAGUCACUUCAACAGAAACAUAAGACUAUCAGUGAGCAAGUAGACGAAAAAUGCUCAUUUUUAGAAACUAAGUUACAAGGAAUUGGACAUUUCCAGAACAGUAUUCGAGAAAUGUUUGCCCAGUUUGCAGAGUUGGAUGAUGAACUUGACAGCAUGUCCCCAGUUGGGAGAGAUAGACAUAUAUUACAGGCUCAGAAACAGGACAUCAGUAAAUUCCUCCAGAAACUUGGAGCUCUCAUAACAACUAAUGACAAUGCCAACAAGACAUGUAAGAUGAUGUUGACCACUGAGUCCUCUCCAGAUCUUAUUGGUAUCAAGAGGGACCUGGAAGCCUUAAAUAAACAGUGUAAUAAACUCCUUGACCGAGGAAAAUCCAGAGAAGAAAACAUUGAUGACACUAUUACCCGAAUAGAAGAGUUUUAUAGCACAUUAAGACAAUUUGUUGAUCAGCUUGGAACAGUAGAAGAACAUGAAGAAUCCCAAGGUGCUGUGGGAAUGGAGACAGAUAUCAUUAAUCAUCAGUUAAAUGUUUUUACGACUUUCCAGAAGGAAGAAAUUGAACCUCUUCAGGCUCAACUACAGGAGGUGAACUGGUUAGGGCAAGGACUUGUGCAAAGUGCAGCCAAAAACACUAGCACCUCCAACUUGGAGCACGAUCUAGAGGAAGUCAACGCUCGGUGGAAUACGCUGAACAAGAAGGUUGCCCAGCGUGCUGCUCAGCUGCAGGAAGCACUUCUCCAUUGCGGCAGGUUUCAAGAUGCUCUUGAGUCCAUUUUGAGUUGGCUCACAGACACGGAAGAGCUUGUGGCCAACCAAAAGUCACUAUCUGCAGAAUAUAAAGUGGUGAAAGCUCAAAUUCAGGAACAAAAGCUACUGCAGAGAUUACUAGAUGACCGUAAACCUACCAUUGAUGUGAUAAAACGCGAGGGGGAGAAGAUUGCCGGUACCGCUGACCAGACGGAUAAGGAUAAAAUCUUGAAACAAUUUAGUGCCUUAGAACGUAGGUGGGACGAGCUGCUGAAGAAAGCUGAGACACGGAAUCGACAGUUGGAUGGUAUACUAGUUGUAGCAAAGCAGUUCCAUGACACAUUGGAACCUUUGUCUGACUGGCUCAGUAACUCAGAGAAGAAACUUGCCAACUCUGAGCCCAUAGGAACACAGACACCUAAACUCCUUGAACAGAUUGCCCAACACAAGGCGUUACAAGAAGACAUUUCAGCCCAUAGCACCAUUUUACACCAAUCUCUGAGCAUUGGUCAGUCAUUAAAAGCCUUAAGCUCCAGGGAAGAAAAGGAAAUGGUUCAGGAAAAAUUAGAUAUUUGCCAAACCCGAUUCAUGGAGGUGCAGGAGAGAAGUAGCAGGAGAGAGGAACUUCUGCACCAGGCACACUGCAAUGCUCAGAUAUUUGGGGAUGAUGAAGUUGAGCUAAUGAACUGGCUGACUGAAGUACAUGACAAGCUGAGCAAACUAUCAGUCCAAGAUCACAGUGCAGAUGUACUCACGCGACAACACACUGAGCUGCUGCUCCUUCAGGAAGACAUUCUGCUGAGAAAACAAAAUGUUGAUCAGGCCAUUCAAAAUGGAUUAGAGCUACUGAAACAUACAACUGGUGAUGAGGUUGUUAUUAUUCAAGAAAAGUUGGAUGGAAUAAAAUCUAGAUAUUCUGAAAUCACAAAGCUAAGUUUUGAUGUUUCUAAAGUGUUAGAACAGGCCUUAAACCUUGCAACACAGUUCCAUUCAACUCAUGACGAGUUGGGAAGGUGGCUGGACAAGGUGGAAGUAGAGCUGAAGGACUAUGAAAUACAGGACCAAAAACCUGAGGAAAUGAAUGCUGUACAACAAAGAAAGAAGGAACUACUGUUAGAAGCCAGAACUUAUAAAGCAUUGCUAGACUCCUUGAAUGAAGUUAGCAGCUCUUUGCUGGAGCUAGUGCCUUGGAGAGCAAGAGGAGGCCUUGGCAAGAUGGUAACAGAAGACAAUGAGCGCUACAGAUCAGUCAGCGACACCCUAACGCAAAUGGUGGAAGAGAUAGAUGCUGCCAGAUUACGAUCUCAGCAGUUUGAGCAGGCCGUGGGCGCAGAGCAUACAUGGAGUGAGGAUACUAAAAAUAAGAUGAUGGCUCUCGGUCAUAUUAGACUUGAGCAAGACCAGACCGUGGCUCAACUACAAGUUCAAAAGGGAUUUACCAUGGAGAUUCUGAGACACAAGGACACAAUAGAUGAACUAGUGAAAUCAGGACAUGAAAUAUUAAGUUCUUACAGUGAGGACGAGAAACAACCUAUGCUGAACAAGCUGACAAAACUGGCGAAGAGUUACGACAACAUCUGUCACUUAAAUGCUGAAAGGAACCUUCAACUGGAACGAGCCGUGUGCUUAGUGAACCAGUUCUGGGAAACUUAUGAAGAACUUUGGCCAUGGUUGACAGAGACAGAGAAAGUAAUAUCAGAACUGCCACCUCCCGCUCUAAACUAUGACACAUUGAGAGAGCAGCAGGAAGAUAUUCGGCAACUCCGGGAACUGAUUGCUGAACACAAGCCUCACAUAGAUAAGAUGAACAAAACUGGGCCACAGCUGCUGGAACUCAGUCCCGAAGAAGGGUUCUUCAUCCAGGAGAAAUAUAUCACAGCAGACACUCUAUAUAGUGAUAUCAAGGAGGUUGUAAAGAAACAUGCAGUUGCUUUGGAUGAAGCUGUCUCCCAAUCUUCACAGUUCCAUGACAAAAUUGACCCCACACUUGAAAGCCUAGAACGAAUAGCUGAGCGCCUGAGACAACCGCCGUCAAUCUCUGCAGAGUGUGAGAAGAUCAGAGAACAGAUAAGUGAAAAUAAAAAUGUCUCAGUUGAGCUUGAAAAGCUUCAGCCUGUCUAUGAAACACUGAAGAUGCGUGGAGACGAAAUGAUUGCUCGCUCAGAAGGUGCUGAUAAAGACAUCUCGGCCAAAGCUGUUCAAGAUAAGCUUGACCAAAUGGUCUUUAUCUGGGAGGACAUCCAGGCUUUGACAGAAGAAAGGGAGGCCCAGUUGUUGGAUGUGAUGGAGCUGGCAGAUAAAUUUUGGUGUGAUCACAUUGCAUUAUUAGCCACUAUAAAAGACACCCAAGAAUUUAUCCGUGAACUUGAAGAACCUGGAGUUGACCCCUCUGUUGUGAAACAGCAGCAAGAGGCAGCAGAGGCAAUUAAAGAAGAGAUUGAUGGGCUGCAAGAAGAGCUGGAUAUCGUCACAACUCUUGGAUCGGAGCUGAUAUCUGCCUGUGGUGAACCUGAUAAACCCGUUGUGAAUAAAAACAUAGAUGAACUAAACUCUUCAUGGGAAAUGUUGAAUAAAACUUGGAAAGAACGAGUGGACAAACUGGAUGACGCUAUGCAGGCAGCUGUACAAUAUCAGGAUGGGCUGCAGACACUCUUUGACUGGGUUGAUAUAUCCAUGGGAAGGAUAGAAGCAAUGCCACCAAUAGGAACGGACCUAGAGACUGUCAAGCAACAGAUGGCUGAGCUUAAGCAAUUUAAGACCGAGGCGUAUCAGCAGCAAAUAGAGCUGGAAAGACUGAAUCACCAGAAAGAGUUGUUGCAGAAGAAGGCGACAGAUGAGAAUGAUAAGCUAGCUGUUGAAGACUCCUUCAAAGAACUUAAGCACUUAUGGCAAGCUCUAGAGGAUAAGAUUAUCAACAGACAGCAUAAACUGGAAGGUGCCCUGUUAGCAUUAGGACCUUUCCAACAUGCCCUGGACGAGUUAUUGACAUGGAUGACUCAUACAGAGGGAUUGCUUAAUGAACAGAAAGCCAUUGGUGGAGAUCCGAAGACCAUUGAAAUUGAACUUGCGAAGCACCAUGUACUCCAAAAUGAUGUCCUAGCACACAAAUCCAGUGUAGAAACAGUACAGAAGGCAGGGAAUGACCUGAUUGAGUCCAGUGCUGGAGAGGAGGCCAGCAGUCUGCAAAGCAGGUUAGAAGCUCUGAGCCAACGCUGGCAAAAUGUCCUGGACAAAACUGAGCAGAGGAGGAAACAGCUGGACAGUGCAUUAUUCCAGGCUCAAGGUUUCCACAAUGAAAUUGAAGAGAUGCAUCAAUGGCUGUCAGAGACUGAACGUCAUUUACUGGCUUCCAAGCCUCUUGGAGGAUUACCAGAGACAGCAAAAGAGCAGCUCGACACUCAUCUGGAACUGUGUGCUGCGUUUGAAGCCAAAGAACAUGUAUACGAAAGCAUAAUGCUUAAAAGCCAACAGAUGAUGCAAAGAUGCCUUGAUGAGCCAGAGGCAAACAUGGACCAAGAUAUUAAUAACCUAAAGGAGAAAUGGGAAUCAGUUGAGACAAAACUCAGUGAGAGGAAAGUAAAAUUAGAAGAAGCUCUCAGUUUGGCCACAGGUUUUCACAAUUCUCUCCAAGACUUUAUUAACUGGCUAACUCAAGCGGAGCAGACUCUCACUAUGGCUUCCCCACCAAGUCUUGUUUUGGACACAGUAUUAUUUCAAAUUGAUGAACAUAAGGUGUUUGUUACAGAAGUGAACUCACACAAAGAUCAGAUAAUGGAGCUGGAUAAAACGGGCAACCAAUUAAAAUAUUUCAGCCAAAAACAAGAUGUGGUAUUGAUUAAAAAUUUACUGAUCAGUGUACAGAGCCGGUGGGAAAAUGUGGUACAGCGUUCACUGGAAAGAGGACGGGCCCUCGAUGAUGCUCGCAAGCGGUCAAAACAGUUCCAUGAGGCUUUUACUAAACUUAUGGAAUGGCUUGAAGAAUCCGAAACAUCUUUAGACUCAGAAUUAGAGAUUGCAAAUGACCCAGAUAAAAUUAAGACUCAGCUGGUACAGCAUAAGGAAUUCCAGAAAACCCUGGGAGUCAAGCAUUCAGUCUAUGAUACCACCACAAGAAGCGGCCGCUCACUGAAAGAGAAAGCUGCGCUGAGUGAUGAUAUCCACAAACUUGACGACAUGCUCAGUGAGAUAAGAGACAAAUGGGACACUGUCUGUGGAAAAUCUGUGGAAAGGCAAAACAAGCUAGAAGAGGCACUACUGUUUUCCGGCCAGUUCACAGAUGCUUUGCAGGCCCUUAUUGACUGGCUGUACAGAGUGGAGCCACAGCUUGCUGAAGACCAACCCGUGCAUGGGGACAUUGACAUUGUGAUGAACCUCAUUGACAACCACAAAGUUUUUCAGAAAGAGUUGGGCAAGCGAAGCAACAGUAUACAGGCACUGAAGCGUUCGUCUAGAGAGUUAAUUGAAGGAAGUCGUGAUGACCCUUCUUGGGUAAAAGCCCAGAUGCAGGAAUUAAGCACCCGCUGGGAAACUGUGUGCACUUUGUCUGUGUCCAAACAGACCCGACUAGAAGAAGCACUGCGCCAGGCAGAGGAAUUCCACUCGGCAGUACAUACUCUGCUGGAGUGGCUGGCAGAAGCAGAGCAAGCUUUGAGAUUCCACGGUGUUCUCCCUGAUGAUGAAGAGUCUCUGAAGUCGCUCAUAGACCAGCACAAGGAAUUUAUGAGAAAAGUAGAAGAGAAAAGAUCAGAGCUGAAUAAAGGAGCAAGUAUGGGAGAAGCUAUACUUUCGAUUUGUCACCCAGAUUCUUUUACUACAAUAAAGCACUGGAUAACUAUCAUCAGAGCCAGAUUUGAAGAGGUCUUAACAUGGGCAAAACAGCAUCAACAGAGAUUGGCUUUUGCUUUGGAAGAACUAAUAGCCAAAAAGGAACUUCUGGAGUCUUUACUCCAGUGGUUACAGUGGGCAGAGACCACACUGAAUGAAAAAGACAAGGAGGACAUACCCGAGGAGAUAGAUGAGGUUAAGGCUCUGAUUGCAGAACAUCAGGCUUUUAUGGAAGAUAUGACUAGAAAGCAGCCAGAUGUAGAUAAAGUUACAAAGACUUACAAGAGGAAAGCUCCCGAGCUUACAACAGGUCAAUCUCAAAUCCCUGUCUUAGGCAAAGGAAGAACAGGCCGGAAGCGUUCACCAACUCCUAACUUGUACCCAUCUGGUGCACAGUCAUCAAUAGAAACUAAAAACCCAAGAGUGAACUUGCUGGUCAGUAAAUGGCAACAAGUGUGGCUUUUGGCAUUAGAGAGGAGAAGGAACUUAAAUGACGCUUUGGAUAGGCUGGAAGAGCUACGAGAAUUUGCCAACUUUGAUUUUGACGUGUGGAGAAAAAAAUAUAUGCGAUGGAUGAACCACAAAAAAUCCCGUGUCAUGGACUUCUUCCGAAGAAUUGAUAAAGAUCAGGAUGGAAAAAUAACACGUCAAGAAUUCAUAGAAGGAAUUCUGUCUUCAAAAUUCCCUACCAGUCGUCUGGAAAUGAGCGCCGUAGCUGACAUCUUUGACCGGGAUGGUGAUGGUUACAUUGACUAUUAUGAGUUUGUGGCAGCCCUUCACCCCAACAAAGAUGCUUACAAACCUGUAACUGAUGCAGACAAAAUUGAAGAUGAGGUUACACGACAAGUUGCAAAAUGCAAGUGUGCCAAACGCUUCCAAGUUGAGCAAAUUGGGGAGAACAAAUAUAGGUUCUUCCUGGGAAAUCAGUUUGGAGACUCCCAGCAACUUCGCCUUGUCCGUAUUUUGCGGAGCACAGUGAUGGUUCGAGUAGGUGGUGGUUGGAUGGCACUGGAUGAAUUCCUAGUGAAAAAUGAUCCAUGUAGAGUUCAUCAUCAUGGAAGUAAAAUGUUACGUUCGGAAUCAAACUCUUCAAUUACUACUCAGCCUCUUAUAGCUAAGGGAAGAACUAACUUAGAAUUGCGAGAAAAGUUUAUGUUACCUGAAGGCAUAAGUCAGUGUAUGACUCCAUUCCGGCCUAAAGGUCGAAGGUCAAGACCGUCUUCAAGAGGCGCAUCACCCAACAGAUCCAGCUCAAGUCCAAAUGUUCAAGCUAGUCCAUCACAAGCCACAGGCAUUAGCACCCCCAAGACACCCCUCCAUAUAACACGCAAUUAUGGUAAACCUUGGUUGACAAACAGCAAAACAUCAACUCCUUGUAAGAGCCCUGAAUCCCCUGAACAGAGACUGUCAUCUGAAGAGGGAACUCCUAUCCAGGGAAGCAAAUUAAGACUUCCAGGAUACCUGUCCGGAAAAGGAUUCCAUACUACAGAGGACAACAGUUUAUUAACUACUGCAGCAUCUAAAGUCAGAACACAGUUUGCAGAUUAUCGGAAAACUCCAAGCCGACCAGGAAGCAAGGCCGGAAGCAGGUCAAGUAGCCGGCGAGGCAGUGAUGCCUCUGAUUUUGAUAUUUCAGACAUCCAAUCUGUAUGUUCUGAUAUGUCUGAGACUGUUCAUGAAAGCAGCAGACCCUCUCCAAGAGCAAGUUCAAGAUCUUCCACAGGUAGACCUUCAAAAAUUCCCACCCCACAACGGCGGACACCUAUCAGCAAGCUAGCAACCAAAUCGACAAAAAGAUAGGAUGCCAAGCUUUGGAGAGAUUUUUCUUUGUGUAUUGCCUAUUUAAGUUUGUAAGGUGUAAAAUAUUAUGUAGAAAUUAUUGUGGAAUAAUGCAAAUGUUUGAUUUUAACCCUGCAGAAGGCCUUAAAUGUGUGUUUGUCUUGUUUUUUUACACAUAUUUUUAUCAGGAAAAAAAACCUGUUUGUCUUAUAGUUUGGAAAUGCUUGAGGGACAUCAAAUGAAACUAACAUCAUAGUUGUGUGAAGUACAGAAACUUAAUCAAUCAUUGAAUGUAUUUAUAACUGCAACCUGGAGGGACGUUCAAUAUGCCAAACACACUGCUUCAUUAGAUACCAAUUAUGAAUACCUCAUAACUAUUUAUAAUAGAGCAAAAACAUGGACAUAGAUACCAAGCUUACGUACACUACCGAAUCUCUUUUCACUUGGACCUGAUUAUGCACACUGUAGUUAUUUACGCAGUUUUAAGUUCAGAGAACUCACAGAAAUGUAUUUUAUCAUGGGCAGAAAUUAUAUUUUAGGUUUUUUUAUUUUUAUUUAUGUCUGUGAGAUUCUGUCUUAAUAGAACUAUAUUACUGUUCAAAUAAUAGCAUUUGGUGCAUAUGUGCAGUUAUCCUUCUCUUCAGUGAAUGGUAACAUUAUAUCAACUUUUGUAUCAAAUCAGUUUUGCUUGCCGAAAUCUAUCAAAUAAAACCUGUCCAAAUCCA